AUGGCCUCCCUCCUCCGCCAGAUUGUCGCCGGGCCGCGAGCCCGCCACGACGAGACCGGUCUCGAUCUCUGUUAUGUCACCAGCAACAUCAUUGCAACGUCCGGUCCCUCCAUCACCUACCCGCAGCUCGCCUACCGCAAUCCCCUCGACCGCCUUGUCGCCUUUCUCGACCGCAAACAUGGCGACGGCUGGGCCAUUUGGGAAUUUCGUGCCGAGGGGACAGGCUACCCCGACGAGGCCGUGUACGGACGGAUCCGGCACUACCCUUGGCCCGAUCACCAUCCGCCGCCGUUUCGACUGGUGCCGCUGAUUUUGGCGAGCAUGAAGCAGUGGUUGGGCGAUGAGUACGAGAGGCCGCCGGGAGCCGACGGCAAACAAGGACAAAACAAGGGAGCAAAGGGGGGCGAAGGAGGAGACAAAAAGACAGGGAGGGUCGCGGUCGUCCACUGCAAGGCGGGCAAGGGCCGGUCGGGCACAAUGGCCUGCAGCUACCUGAUUGCCGAGUGCGGGUGGACACCGAAACAGGCGCUCGACCGCUUUACGGAGCGCCGCAUGCGGCCCAAGUUUGGCAGCGGCGUGACCAUCCCCUCGCAGCUGCGGUGGAUCACGUACGUCGACCGGUGGGUGCGGGCGGGCAAACCGGCCUACGUGGACCGCGCCGUCGAGAUUGUCGAGAUUCACUUCCGCGGGCUGCGGCACGGCGUCAAGCUAGCGGUCGAGGGCUACGUGGACGAGGGCAAGCAGAUCCACGUCUUCCACACGUUCAAGAACCGCGAGCGAUACGUCGUGCAAGGGGACGCGCCGGGUGGUGGCGGCCUAUUGGAUCUCGUGUCAGACAUGGCAGGCGGAUUUAGUGCAGGCGGCGGAGGCGGUGGAAGCAACAGCAACAACGGCAGCAGCGGAGCCAAUCCGCCACAAAGCAGUCGAAGCAACACUGGCGUCCUCAACAGCCCCGUCGUGGACGGCGGUAAGAUUCGGCGGCCCAGGACAGACGUGCAGGUCGACAGCGGCAGCAAAGCCAGCAAAGACAGUACAGACAAGACAGACAGCAGCAGCCAUGCGGGCCUCGCUUCCACCAACGACUCGGGCCUCAGCAUGGACAUCAAUCAGCUCCAAAACAAGAGCGAGUCCAUGCCCGCGUUGGCCGACGCCUCUACGUCAGAAUCAACACAGGGACAAGCACAUAAGCAGCCCUUCCGCUAUGCCGCCGACGACGAACCCGGCGGCCAGGCCGUCAUCUUCAGACCCGAGCAGCCCAUCCGCGUCCCCAACGGCGACGUCAACAUAUCCAUCGAGCGCCGCAACAAGACCGCCGCCAACAUAGGCCUUACCAUGGUCACCUCUGUCGCCCACGUGUGGUUCAACACCUUCUUCGAGGGUAACGGCCCCGAGCAAAACGGCGUACCCGACGACAGCGGAAUCUUUGUGCUGGACUGGGACAAGUUGGACGGCAUCAAGGGCAGCAGCCAAAAGGGCAGCCGUGCGGCCGAGCGGAUCUCGGUCGUGUGGCGGCACGUAGAGGAGCACAAUGGCGAGAAGGAGGCGUCCCCCAAAGUGGACACUGCUGCUCCUGCGGGCGCGGUCGCCGACGUUCCCCAGAUGCGGCCAGCGAAUUGGCAAGGGAACAACCCCGAAGACCCCGACGCCAACAAGCACUUGGGGCUGCGACGGGACGACCCGGAGAGCGCUGGCGUGAGUCGCGCGAGCAGUGUAACGGGUGUUCCCGUGGGCGACAGCAAUGGCGUGCCCGCUGCCAGUUCACCACGUCAUGGCGCCGAUGCGAGAAAGGAGCGAGACGAGGACCACGAAGAGGCGCUGGCGAGCGUCAAGACCAGUGGGCCCGAAGGCGAGGCGGACCUGGACGAGAGCAGCCCUGGCGAAGAAGAAGCUGCAAAGGUAUCAUGA